GUUUUAACGGAUGCAAGGUGUUUAAAAUAAUACAAAUCGUGCAGUCAGUCGUAUAUAUUUUACAUGCGUUGUAAAAUUAAUUUGUAUUAUUGAAAGUAACAACAUUUUUACUCAACCUUUGUGAACGGUUUUGUUUGUGAGUAAAACGCAUCCUCACACACAAAAGGUGCGUCUCAUUUUGCUCCCUACUUGGCUCCCUGUAUCACGAAUCAGUUUAUUUUAAAACGAAUUCGGCCACUUGCAAAUAGUAAUGACAGAAACGUUUUUAACUAUUUAACUGGUGUCCGCGUUCAGCUGUGAUUUUUAUGCAGACUAAAAGAUCGACCGCGUAUUUAUUAAUUUCGAAAAUAUGAGAGGCUGCAUACAGAUGCAACUCAUUUAACUUGGAUAUUUUAUUAUUGCGUGUCUGUAUAACAGCAAGAUAACAUAAUACGAUAUUAUUCCCAUUUCGUUAAAAUGGCUAACAAUAUUAAUGUUUUGUUUUUUUCUUCCAUGUGCUUCAAUGUAGAAAACCGCAUCAUUCAUUUAUGAAGUAGGCUAGUAUGUGACAAUAUUUGGGGGAGAAGAUUUUUGAUGAGAAAAUAUUUAAUUUUCAUAAAAUGUAAUAAAUGUGGCUCAUGCUCACUUGCUAAUACAAGCAUGCUUGUUAAUAUGAGCCAGUGAUGUACAGUAAUGAAACAAAGCAGAACUCCUAAUUAGGGUUGGGGAAUUACUGAAUAUGUGUAACUUUGUUACGUUAAUUUAAAUUUCCAAAUAUGAGUAACUAUUUCAUUUUUUCUUAAUUUAUACAUUAAUGUAAACUGUAAUGGGCAGAUAAUGUAAACCACAAUUAGUGAUUCUCUGAAUCCGUGACACUCUGCAAAAGCAUCCUAAGCUACAUUUCUUCUCAUAAGUUUGCAGAAUAUGCAAAAAAUAUUUAAAUUUUAACAAAAGAGGGAUCAUAAAAAUGUUACAUUUUUUUCAAUACUGUCCUGAAUAAGCUAUUUUUACGUAACAGAUGUUUACAUAAUCCACAAGACAAAAUAACUGAAUUUAUAAAAAUUGCCCCAUUCAAAACUUUACAUACAGAUUUGCAUGUUGAAUCUUAACUUGUCUGUCUUUAGCUGGAUCCACAACUGUUUUCACGUUUUGUGAUAGUUGUUCAAGAGUCCUGAGCAGUUCAACUGUCCACUGUUCUACAGAAAAAUCCUCCAGGUCUUGCACAUUCUCAGGUUUUCCAGCAUCUCAUGCAUAUUUAACACCUUUCCGACAAUGACUGUAUGAUUUCGAGAUCCAUCUUUUCACAGUAAGGACAACUUGAGAGACUCAAACACAGCUAUUACAAAAGGUGAAAACAUUUACUGAUGUUCAAGAACAGAACACAAUGCAUUAAGACCAAGGGGUGCAAACUUUUUUUUUCCAUUUAGCACUGCCCUUCAUGAAGCUAAUGCUUACACAUUUCCCAGAAGCCAAAAUAAAUACAUCAGUGAUUGUUUUUUUUAUAUAGUCUGCAUUCAAGAAUUAUUGUAGAAAACUGUUAUUGUUAUAAAAUAAUAUGCAGAGGAAAACCACAAUAAUACCAAAAUCAUGUAGUGAUAAAGUUUAAUUUUUAAUGAACAUGUUGCACAGGUUUUUAGAAAUUGAUGAAUAUGUGAUAAGAAAAUUGUUAUUAUCUGCAGUAGAAGUAACAACAGAACAUGGACACCAGGGGUCUGUUUCAUAAAACAAGGUUACCAAAAAAGCCAGGCCUUUUUUUUUAAGCAAUUUGAAAAACAUUACACACUACCACUCUGUAACUUCACCUUUUACCAUGUGUACUGACAAAUUUUAACAAAUUGCAAAAGUUUUCAUGAAGUUGUAAUCUUGUAAAUGUAUCUACAAAUCGUUAACUACCAAUUAACUAAAUAUGAAGUGUCUGUAUAAUCUGAUGUGCUAGUAUUUUGGAAGGGCUUGGCUAAUCAGACCAUUUAAGACUAUGAACUGUUACUCUGACUGACCUCCCUGGCCAGUGCGCUGACUGCUGAACUAGGGAGCGGAUUGAGAGGCAUCCAAAGAUUUGGUUUGGGUUUAGUUUUCUUCCUGUUAAGCAGUGUCAUCUUAAACACACAGUUUGUGUCCAAACACACAGAAAAACUUAUAAAGAUGGCGUUUAUUAAAGUGGAAAGUGAAGACUUGAGGAUUGAAGAGGACUUCAGAGUGAAACAAGAAGAUGCUGAGGAACAAGCAGAUCUGAUCAUACUGAAAGAAGAAAGUCAAGAACUGAAUGAAUCAGAAGAGAAAGAUAAGUCUGAGAAGCUUCACGAUUUCGUAAUUGGAGAAAAAUCCCAUCAGACUGGAAAGACGUCCUCACGAAAAAGAGCUCAAAAGACAGAAUCUAAUAGUUAUUUUACCUGCUGUCAGUGUGGAAAGAGUUUCAAUCAAAAACAAAACCUUGAAGUCCACAUGAGAGUACACACUGGAGAGAAACCUUUCAGCUGCCAACAGUGUGGAAAGUGUUUCACUCAAAAAGGAAACCUUAAAAGUCACUUGAGAAUUCACACAGGAGAGAAGCCUUUCACCUGCAAACUGUGUGGGAAGAGCUUCACAGCAGAGCCAAACCUUAAAUAUCACAUGAACAUUCACAAUGGUGUGAAGCCGUUCACUUGUGAUCAGUGUGGAAAGAGUUUCACCCGUAAAGUAACCCUCAAUUAUCACACGAGAAGUCACUCUGGAGAAAAUGGUUUAAUUUGUCAUCACUGUGGAAAGAAUUUCAGUCAUAAAGUAAGCCUCAAGACUCACAUGAGGCUUCAUACCGGAGAGAAGCCUUACACGUGCCCUCAGUGCGGAAUGAGUUUCACAUUCAAAGCAUCCCUUGAUUCCCACAUGAGAAGUCACACUGGAGAGAGCCCUUACACCUGCAAAGUGUGUGGGAAGGGCUUCUCGCUAAAAGGAAAUCUCAACACUCACAUGAGAAUUCACACUGGAGAGAAGCCAUUCAUGUGUGUUCAGUGUGGAAGAUGUUUCACACGUAAAGGAACUCUUAAUUACCACAUGAGGAUUCACUCAAGAGAGGACUGUUUUAUAUGUCACGAAUGUGGAAAGUGUUUCCCAGACAUGAAACACCUGAACAGGCAUGUAAUAAUUCACUCCGGAGAGAAGCCUUUUAAAUGUCAGCAGUGUGGAAAGGGAUUCCAGUUCAAUAAAAACCUUAAAACUCACAUGAAAAUUCAUACCAGAGAAAAAACUUUCAAAUGCAAUCACUGUGGGAAGAGUUUCAGUUAUAAAGUAAGCCUUAAGACUCACAUGAGACUUCACACUGGAGAGAAGCCAUACACGUGCCCUCAGUGCGGAAAGAAUUUCACAUAUACAGCAACGCUUAAUGCCCACAUGAGAACUCACACUGGAGAGAGGCCGUUCAUAUGUGGUCAGUGUGGAAAGAGUGUUCACAACACACGCAAAGGAAACCUUAAUUACCACAUGAGGAUUCACUCAAGAGAGAACAGUUUUAAAUGUUAUCAGUGUGGAAUGAGUUUUACAGACCGGAAUCACCUUAAGAAUCAUGUGAUAACUCACACUGGAGAGAAGCCUUUCAUGUGCCAUCACUGUGGAAAGAAUUGCACAAAUAAAGCGAAUCUUGAGGUUCACAUAAGAGUUCACACUGGAGAGAGGCCUUUCACGUGCCCUCAGUGUGGGAAGAGUUUUACACUUAGAGGGAAUCUUAAGACUCACAUAAGAGUUCACACAGGAGAGAAGCCUUUCACAUGUCUUCAGUGUGGAAAGAGUUUUACAUAUCAAAGAGACUUGAAACAUCAUUUGCAAACUCAUUCUGACAAGAAAUUACAGUGUUCCGAGUGUGGAAAGGGAUUUCAGAAAAAUAGCAAUUUUAAAAAUCACCUGCACAUUCACUCCGGAGAGAGGCGAUUUCAUUGUCAUCAGUGUAAUAAGAAAUUUAUUUUGCCAUCACACUUACAGAUACACUUAAAGAGUCAUGCAGAUGUGAAACGCUAUUUGUGUUCCAUGUGUGGUAAGAGGUUUAAAUGGCUCAGCGAUUUAAAAUGGCACCAGAAAAUACGAAUCUGUGUGAAAUUGAAAAUUUCACCUCAGCUGAAUGCGGGCCAAAUCUGAUUAUCCAGCUUCAUGACAAUUUGCCUCUGUAUAUCUUGAGGCUUCUUAUUUCCUUUUGCCAUGUACAUAUGAACUUUUGUGGCCACAGCUCACCAUCUCCUUUGCUAUAUAAAAUAUUGAGUGGUUGCGGUAGACACCCUCUAAUUUUGAUUCUAUAGUGGCGUCACUCCAUUCCAUAUGUUUAUAUCUUGGAAUUGUAAUAUUAGUUCAACUUCUGUCUUGCUGUGAAUUGCUACAAUAUAUAGUAUAAGACUAUAAAUUAAAGGACAUAAACUGAAUGAAAAACUGAAAAAUGCACAGUUAAAGAUAUGUUAUCUGGACUUUAACAUGGAUGUUGGGCAUCAUCUGGUGACAACUUGAAGCAAAGUUGUGUGUAGA